GAACGGCACUGACUGAGGAAGGCACCUCCUCCUCCGGCCCCCAACCUCGCCUCUCUCCAUCUGCUCCGGUCCUCUCCUCCCCUUGGCCCCUCUCGCCCCCAGAUCUCCAACCCGAGAAUCUGCCAGAAGCCGUCGAGGCCCUACGCCCGCAGCCAUGUCAGCGAACAGCACGCCGGUGGACGCCUCGGGCGAGCCGAUCCCAACGUCGUCGGUGCUGAUGGCGGCGUCCAAGCACAUCGCGGUGCGGUGCCGGCCGGAGAACGUGGCCUUCCUCAACUGCAAGAAGAAGGACCCCAACCCCGAGAAGUGUCUCGAGAAGGGCCGCCAGGUCACGCGCUGCGUCUUCAACCUGUGAGUCGCUCGCCAUACCCUCCUCGCCAUC